AUGCCGUUCAAGACGGAGCUCGUGCCGCAGGGCCCGCAGAAGGACGCGAGCUGCUGCCGGCCGUACUUCUGGCGCCAGGUCAUCGCGCAGGAGCUGGGCACGGACGGGCACAUGUGGCACGAGGUCAUCAUCGUCUUCGCGCUCAUGUCGGGCCUCGCGGGCAUGUGGCUCAAGACGCGCCCCCCCGGCUGGCUGGCCGUGUUCCUAAUGUUCUCCGCCGCGUUCCAGGCGCCGCACAACGAGAGCUGGACGACGAUCUACACCGCCAUGGCCUUCUCCGUGACCGCGCUGCUCGCCGGGUACACCCCGCCCAGCGCAGCGCCAGCGCCCGCCGGCGCGAGCUGA